UCCUCCUCGCGGCUGGUGGAGUUUUUCCUCUGGGGGACUUGCUGAGAGAAGAUAAUCAUGGCUUCUGUUUGGGUUGGACCUCGUGGAACAAUACGGGAUUAUCCUGGCUUUAAUGCAUCAAGAGAUGCUGAGGCAAUCCGGAAAGCAAUUAAGGGAAUAGGCACAGAUGAAAAAACCCUGAUCGACAUCUUUACCGGGAGAUCCAAUGCUCAGCGACAGCUGAUUGCAAGAGAGUACAAGGUAGCAACGGGAAAGGAUCUGAAAGAUGCUUUGAAGGGUGAUCUGUCAGGCAAUUUGGAACGUCUUAUGGUGGCUCUUGUAACACCUCCAGCGGUGUUUGAUGCUAAACAGCUCAAGAAAUCCAUGAAAGGAUCUGGAACGAAUGAGAAGGCGGUGAUUGAGAUACUUGCCUCCAGGACCAGCAAGCAAAUGAAAGAAGUCUCCCAGGCAUAUUAUACGGUUUACAAGAACAGCCUUGGAGACGACCUCAGCUCCGACACAUCUGGCGAUUUCCGAAAAGCCCUGUUAACCCUGGCAGGCAGCCGAAGAGAUGAAAGUCAGAGGGCGGACGAAAAGGCUGCAAAGACGGAUGCCCAGAUCCUGUACAAUGCCGGCGAGAAGAGGUGGGGAACGGAUGAAGACAAAUUCAUCGAAGUCCUGUGCUUCAGCAGCUUCCCUCAGCUGAAACUGACCUUUGAGGAGUACAGAAACAUCAGCGGGAAGAAAAUAGAAGACAGUAUACAAAGUGAGCUGUCAGGAGAUUUCGAAGACCUGCUGUUGGCCAUUGUGAAAUGUGCCAGCAACACUCCUGCAUUCUUUGCUGAAAGGCUGAACAAGUGUCUGAAGGGGGCUGGGACUGAUGAGUUCACGCUGAACAGAAUUCUGGUGACCCGGUCAGAAAUUGACCUUUUGGAUAUUCGAGCUGAGUAUAAGAAGCUGUACGGAGUCUCCUUGUAUUCUGCUAUUAAAUCUGACACUUCUGGGGAUUAUGGGACCACGUUGCUCCGGAUCUGCGGCGGUGACGACUGAUCGGAACGGACCCAGGCAGAAGGGCUGAAGCGCGUGGUUUCCUCGUGCAACUCUGCGUGGUUGUUUUUGUAGAGCUUUUAAAUGUUUAAGCAAGUGUAAAAUUGUCACUACUCUUCUGAUUGCUUUCUCAUUAAGCAUCAUAACAAACA